GUUUUUAGAAUUCGAGUCACUUUCGGCCACAAGCGAGGAGAUACAGAGCGCUCACAACGGCGAUACACCAACACAACCAAAACACACAAAUACAUGCGAGUGAAUGUGGAUAUAUGUAUAGUGAAAGCAUGCAAAAUGUCUAUGAAAAAGAACAAAAGUAUUUACUCGCUGCUCUAAAGGGGAGGUCGAAUCGCGGUCUGGCUGGCUGUACGCGCUUUGCUGCAGUCAAACGGCACAACGUGAAAUCAGUUUCUCGCCGCUCGUGUACGGAACAACAACGUAGCUAAAGCAAAAGCAAAAGCAUAAGUGAAAAGCGCCAAGCAAAACGCUGAGUAGAAGACUGAGUAGAACGGGUCAUAAAGACAGGCAGACAGUAUAGUCAGUCAGUCAGUUGGGCAAACGCAAGCCACCCCAAAACACCACGAGUGAAUUUUUAACAAAAUAAAAAGUGCUGAGAAAAGUGAAAAACUUGUUCAAAUAAAAUAAAAAAUAAAUAAAAUUUCAUUUCUACACAAUUUAACAACAACGACAACAGUUUAAACAAAAUGAGCAAACUCUUGACAUCCGCUGACAUCGAAGACGGCAAAGUCGAGGUCGACCCUGUCACCAAGGCACGCACCGAAUACAAGGUUAUCGAUGGCGGUUAUGAGGUACGCACCAUCACCCCUCAGCCAAAUGGCACCUUGAAGACCGCUGUGCGCACUUUCUGGGAUCCUAAGCCCGUCAGCGAAGAGGAUAUGAAGCGCGAGGCACAAAAUAAGCUAGAGAUUCGUAGGCGCUUUGGCAAGGAGGUACGCAUCGACAAAAAUACAACCAUGUUGACACGCGAAAUCGAAGGUGGUUACGAAGAAGUCUACACCAUCAUCAACGAGGAUGGCACACGCAGCACGCGCACUAAGACUUUCUUUGAUUCGAUACCCACUGAAUUGCCCGAAGACUACAAGGUGCCUGCCGUCGAUAAGAAUAAGAAGAAGACUUUGGUGAAGAAAUCUUCGGUAGACUCGACCGACUCAACUGAAUCGCGUCGUAUUGUACAACGUACCGACCAACAACAGGGUAACUUCAAGCAACAAACCACUGUGGAGGAGUCACGUCGUGUCAUGCAGAGCACUGAGAUCACCGAAAAUAAUCGCACUGUACGCAAGAACUCUGUACAAGAGCAAAAUAUCAAACAAAUUACCUCAUCCACUGGUAGCGGUGUUGAUACUAAGGAUAAGAAGAAGACCAAGAAGACUAGGUCGAACAUACCACCACCACCACCAGAUUUCAUUGAGAACGACACCACCACUGUGAGCUCGAAGCGUGUGCCACAUGGCGUUGAGUACACCUACUCUACAAAAUUGGAAUCGGGCAAAACUAUCACCACUUCGAAGACGGUGUAUGAAGAAGAAGAAGCCGAAUUGACUGAAGAAGAGAUACGCGCUUACAAGAAAACCUUAAAAGAUGCUGAGAAGCAUAAAAAUGUUACCUCCACAAAGAAACUCAGGUCUGAAUCGGGCACCAAGAAAGUUGUACCAUCUGAGAACCCCGGUGAUGUGACUACCGUUGAAACCAUUAAAAUUGAAGGUGGCACUGAAUAUCAUUACACCACUGUCACCGCUGAGGGUAUCGUCAAGAAGGCCGUUAAGACUGUUUACGAUCCGGUGGCAAGCAAUGGUGGCGAAGAGAGCGAGGAAGAGAUCGUAGAGGAGUACGAGGAGGAGAUCAUUGAGCCUGGUGAAAAGAAUGUGCGCACUAUUGAGACCGUGAAGCAAUUGCCAAAGAAGUUCGAAGAGGAGGUCACCGUCACCCAUGAGAAGACCGAGAAAAAGGUAAAGAAGUCCAUGAUGAUCAGCCACUAAACUGCUAAACGCUGUAAAGCUUCGCUGCAAGAGCGGAUGAAUGUGUGGAGCGCAAAUUUGCUACAUAUCAAUUUUAAUUACACAGGGUGCCUAUACCAUUUUUAUAUAAAAAAAAAAACAAAAACAAGAACUCAUUUUCAAAUUACAUAAAACACACAUACAAACACACGUUCGCAUAUCGACACCAUACUCAUGCACAUGUUUGCAACGGCACAAUAAUAAAUAUGCAAUGCAAAAAAAAAAAAA